UACUGAGGCGCCUUCCAUCGCAGGCGGAGCGCCCGAAUAAAUGGGGGAGUUGAACGUCCAAGCAAGCAGUUUCUCAGUCCACUCUACUUUUGACCUCUGUCUAACCAAGCAAGUAUACAAGGAUGUCGGGCCAAACAUUCACAGAAGACCUGGAUAUAGAACUGGGGGAUUUGCUUCAAGAAUUCAACGAUGUUGCUGAAGAACUGAGGGUCCCGGCGCAAAGUACCCCAUACGCGUAUGGUCACCUUCUUAAUGAAGCAAAGCGACGUACUGGACUUAAUGAUGGUGUGAGCGAUAGCGGCAUAGAUGAUUCCGACUACAGCAGUGAACCGUCUCUUGGAAACAGCUUAAACACCAGCGAGGAGGAGUUGAACACUGCAGGAAUGACGGCGGCACCUAAAGCCAAACUUGGGGACACAGGGGACCUUCAGAGCUUCAUCGACAACUUGGACCGUGAACUUGCUGAGAUGUGAGCGGGAAAAGGGGUCCACGUGACUGGCAGUGUAACAAGCCCGAAGUUCAAUAGAGACAAAGCGAACUGGAGUGCGACAAGUCGACAUCCUCGCUCGCUGCUGCGACACCUCCCGAUCUCCACCCCCCACUCCCCCUUUACAAGAGGUUAACCUCAGGGCCACAAAGAAAAUCAUGUCGGCGAGGGCUCUGUCGGGAAUGGUGGCCGGACUACAUUGACAAGGAAGUGUGACAUUCUUUUAAAUGUCUUUUAAUUAAGACUCCCGCUUUAAUGGUGGGUCAUGAAAAGACCCCAUGCUGUGGUCUAAUUAGUAAGAGCAAUUGGAAUCAGACCAGCCUGCGGUGUCCCCAGUAUAAAAUGGCUUUUACAUUACAUUGUCCAUUCAAAAUAUUUUUUUACUAACCCUUCUUCAGAUGUCCCCCUAUUUAUAUACUUUUCUUAUGAGAGCUAAAACGGCUAUUGAAUUUUAAUUUGAUGUAGCAUUUUAUACUUUGUGAAAUAUGAUGGAAUAUGGUUGAUGAAGGUGUUGUACAGAAGUCCUAUGUCAUAUAAUGGUGUAUAAUUUGUUUCUUCUGUUGUGGAGGUUGUGUCAUGUUUAAAUCAUCACAGACAUAUUUAACUGGAUUAUGUUCAACUGAUGAAUGUACAGACCAAUAAAGCUUUUUAUCUAUGCA